AUGGGGUGGUAUUUUAAGACUGCCUUCCAGGCUGAUAGGAAUGCACUACGCAAGCUCUCAGCUACGAAGACAGCGGCACCUAAUGCACCUAUCGACAACACGGCCGACAACCAAUGGCGCAACAGCAACGCAACGGAUGUUCAGCCUCCCCACAUGAACAACGAGGUGCAGAUCGCCGCUUCUACCCUUAAAUAUGUCGACCGGACAUUGCUCGAUGCUGGUUUAGGAAACCGGUACUCUCAGGUUGCUGCGGGCGACAUGUAUAUGAAAGGCAAAGGGGUCCCACAAGAUUACCAAGCAGCUAUGGAUUGGUACCUGAAGGCAACUGAGCAAGGAGAUCCUGCCGGUCAACGUAACGUCGGGCGUUUGCAUUACUACGGCCAUGGCGUCCCUCGGGACUAUUCGGCCGCCAUGAGCUGGACUCUUAAAGCCGCCAACCAGGGUUACUCGCCCGCGCAGCGCAACGUCGGCCUUCUCAAUAAGCUUGGCCAAGGUGUACCCCAAGAUGAUGAACGAGCAAUGUUCUGGCAUCUCAAGGCCGCCAAUCAAGGAUUAGCGAUUUCUCAAGAAACAAUUGGGGAUUUCUAUAGCAAUGGCCUGGGUGUGCCCCGGGACUAUACGAAAGCAGCCGAGUGGUAUCGAAGAGCCGCUGACCAGGGACACGCCUACGCCGAGACAUCAUUGGCGUACAUGAGGAAAAAGGGUCAAUUUUUAGUUAGAACAAGAUCGAACAUGUGUGUGUGA